AUGGAUGCUCGUGUGCAGUCCCAGACACCCCCUUGGCCAGCUGAGCUCUGCAUGGCUCAUGCACCACAGCUGGGAAACGGCCUUCAGCUCAAGGUAACUGUGACUGUGGGAGGACAACAACACUUGCUGGGACUUUAUGACACUGCAGGGCAGGAGGACUACAACCAGCUGAGACCCCUGUCCUACCCCAACACGGACGUCUUCUUGAUCUGCUUCUCAGUGGUGAACCCCGCCUCGUACCACAAUGUCCAGGAGGAGUGGGUGCCCGAGCUGAAAGUCUGCAUGCCCAAUGUGCCUUACGUCCUCAUAGGAACACAG